AUGAGACAGAGGGAUAAACAAGAUGGGGCAGACGUGGUUGUGGGUAAAUUUCACUUAUUUGGCUUAUGUGUUGUUACAUUAUUUGAUCCUGGUUCUACACAUUCCUAUGUUUGCUCAUCAAUGGUUUUUCCUAAAAAUGUGAAAUCUGUGAGACUUGAUUAUGGUGUGCUUGUCCAAAGUCCUUUGGGUCAAAAGGUUAUUUGUAAUCAAAUCUAUCGGGGUUGUCCCUUUGUGAUUCAAAAUCUAGUCUUCCCUGUUGAUUUGAUUGGAAUGCCUUUCCAAAACUAUGAUGUCAUCAUCAGUAUGGAUUGGCUUCAUAGAUACCAUGCAGUAGUGGAUUGUAGGUCAAAACGUGUGACACUUAGAGUUCCUUCAUUUUCACACAUGAUUGUUCUAGGUGAAAGAUCAUUGACAUCUAAUAUUAUCUCUACAGUUGUGGCAAGAAAGAUG